AAAAAAGUCUUCACAGAGAAAAAAAACUUUUUUCAUCACCAAAUGUGAAAUUUUCAUCACAAAAUUUCACUUUUAAACGAAACUUUAGUGCCAAAGUCAGGACUGAGUGGUCGGGAAAUGAGACGAAAAGUUGAAAUUUGCUAAGAAUUAAGACAAGAAGUGUGAAAUAAAUUUUUUUGAUAGACAUAAGAAAAUUAAUUUAGGGUGGGUUUGGCAUUGUUUACGUUUUUUAAGUUGAGAUUUUGGAUAUUCGUGGUUCCAGUUGAAUGUCACUAAGGAUGCGUCGUGGAUAUAAAACAUUUCUAUUUGUGCUCCUCAACGUCCUUGAACUAGUCUCGACAGCCAAAGAUUCGGACGGCAAAGCUCAAAAGCUUACCAGCAGUCUCAAGUCGUCUGAUAUUUACUCAAAAAUCUCAUUUCAAUGCAACGAAAAGUCACUAAACUUCCUGAACGCAUCAUGCAGCGCAUUACGUCACAAGCAAAUCACCUUGACCCCGUCAUUCGCAUCCAUGAACGAGACGAUGGAAGUUUUGAGUCAUGAAAAAUUCAUUCAAGGAUUAAAAACAAUCCCAAAGGCAUUCAUCAUUAGUGCGGAAGUAAAAGAAAGUGGAUUGAGGAAGUUUAAGAAUAAAUGGCAAAAAUAUUUGAAUCGAUCCGAGCGACCAUUGAUUUUGCACUUUAAAGCAGGUCGUGAGCGUGGCAAUAAGGACAACAAGGAUAAUGAAAUCAUUUAUUAUUUAAAUAGUGAAUCUAAAAUUGAGUCAGCGACAUUUGAGGAGAAGCUGAACUCGAGGAGGCUGAGGGAAAUGCUGCUGCAUAAAUUCACGACUGAUAAUCUUGUGUACUACCUUAGGUACGCGUCAGAUCGAGGGAUGAAUGGAACUAAUUACUACAUCAUCAUGACAUUUGCUAUUAAUUACAACUGCUCAGUCUGUGUACGAAUGCUGAAUGCUUACGUCCCAAACUUUAAUGUCAGUGACUAUUUAGCGAAGAACUCAAAAAGUAUAGCUGAAAAGUUCAAUAAGGAACUGAUUCAUGCACUCUUUGACCUUCCAUUUAACUUUAGCAAUCGAUUUGCUGCUAAAAGCACAUUUGAGCCGCUAAGAAAGUGUCGCGACUUGCUAGCUAGAGCAGCUGAAAGUGGAAAUAUCGAUGGAAUCAAGUUCCUACUGGAAAUCGACUACAUGGGCGAGAUGGACUGGGAGAACAAUACAGCAACAACGGUAGCAUGGCAGAAUGAGCACUAUGACAUAUUCACGCUGCUCAUCAAGUCUGACUUUCCGUAUCCAGACAACUUUGGUGAGAUUGUUCCAGUCAGACAGAAUUCAAGGAACAAUAAAGCUCUUCAGGAGCUUAGUGAGCAUAUCCGAAAGAUCCAGUCACUGCAUGAUAACAUUCGUGGGAAGAACUUUGACAACAUUGAGACAUUUAUUGAGGAAAAUAAGAGGCUUAGAUAUGCUAGAGAUGUCGAUAACAUCCUCGCAAUUGUCACAGCUGUUUACAGUAAAAAUGUCGAAAUUAUUGCGUUGCUUAAUGCCAAUCACAUGAUGCCGUAUGACAAUGGAGCUGCUAGAUCAAUCGUUAAUCACAUUUAUAGCUUCAAUGAUGAUGAAAUUGUCGAACUACAGAAGUUGAAUCUUAAGUAUAUCCAUCAUCCAGCUGAAGACUACAUCGCGAAGCUUCAUCAACGCUCAUUAAUCACAUACGAUCCAUUGGAAGUUGACGGAGCAACAGCAAAUCGUGAAAUCUUCUCAGCAUUUAUUGACAUCCAUAAGAAUGAGUUGACAGGUCCAAUUAUUGAGUUUGCAGCUAGAUGCAGCAACUUACAGAUCAUUAUUGACUUAUCAAGUCGUUAUACCUUUAAACUUAAUCCAGUGUCCUAUACAUCCUCUGGACUGACAAAUGAAAAAGAGAAUCGAGUCUAUAUUGGAGCAAAGGACAUCCUCAAUCCAAAGGAGCGUGACACAGCACUUGGAAUUAUGGUUCAUGAACUCCUGCACUACGUCAUGUUCCUCAUGUAUCAUAAUGAAGCUAAGCCGUACACAAAAAAUGACUAUAUGGUCCGUAAAUAUUUCGAAAUGAUUGAGGACAUCUACAAGAUGGACGACAGACACGAGGGACAAUGGAUGGUGAAAAUAUUCCAAAAGUAUGAAGUUGAACAGCACCAAAUGGAACUGAUUGCUCGAGCUGUAGACUUGCCGAUUGUUUAUCGUACAAACGUGACUGGAAUGCAGCAAAUACGUCGAGCUUAUCGAGAUCUUUUUGAGUUUUAUGAAAGUAAAGUGUUGCCUGAUAUCAAAUAUCGAAUGUGGAUUUCGGGCGGAAGUAGAGUUAGUGCUAAAUUGACAAUUAUUGGAGCUUCAAUUGUUGUUUUUGUUGCGUGUUUGAGGAUUUAAAGAGACAGUUUUGGGAAAGUAGACAUUUUCAUAAAAUUUAUGAGAAUCUUUAAAAAUAAAAUUAUUGAUGAAAAAAAAAAAUUGGAAUGAAAAUUAGAAGAAGUGAGAAAAGAGGAAGUAAUAUUGAAAUUAAGGAGGAUUUAUUAGGAUUGUUCAUGAGGUUGAUUAGUUGAGGAAGACUUAAGUGGAUUUCUUGAAGUUAUUUUAAUUUUUUGGCUAUAUUAGUUUAGAGUUUUAAAGCUCCUGGUUGAAUUUGACAUAACUUUAACGAUGAAUAGGACAAAGACU